GGGGCUCCAGGGUGCAAAAUAACUGAACACUACCCUCAGAAUGAGGUCAAGGCAGCUGGUGUGUGGGAUCUGGAGUCUGUGCUUCACGUUCUGCCUUUUCUGCAUCUUUCUUCACCAAACCACAGCAAAAAGAAAACUGAAGUUUGUGUCCGUAGUGUUCCGCCACGGUGAUCUUACCCCGCAGGAGUUUUUUCCAGCUGACAAAAACAAAGAAGUUGCAAGGCAGCAUGGAUACGGACAGCUUACCAAGCUUGGCAUACAGCAACAGUACGAGCUUGGACAGUACAUGCGGAGAAGAUACUCUCAUUUCCUGAGUGUCGUUUACAAGCAGAAUGAGAUUUAUGUGCAAAGUACUGACUGUGAUCAAACACUUAUGAGUGCUCAGGCGAGUCUUGCUGGGCUGUAUCCACUGACACAAGGCCAGAUUUGGAACCCCAGAAUCCUUUGGCAGCCAAUUCCAGUUCACACAGUGCCACUGUCACAUGAUAAUUUGCUGUACUUACCUUUCUCACACUGCCCAAAAUACAAUGAACUUCUAAGAGAAACCUUUGCAACAAGGGAUUUCCAAAGGCAGUUCAAGCAGUACAGGCCAUUUCUCAAAUUUUUAGCAUCUCACACUGGAUACCCACUGAAGAAGUUGAACACUGAAAGAAUUUGGAAGCUCUCUGACAUUUUACAAUAUGAGGAUAUUAACAAUUACACUUUACCUGUUUGGGCGACUCGUGGCGUCAGGACCAAGCUGAUAAAGCUCUCAGAAUUGUUAUUACAGGCAGAAUUUGGGUUCCACAAACAAAUACAAAAAUCACGUUUGCAGGGAGGUAUUCUUUUAAAAACUAUUCUAAAGCAUAUCUCAGAUGCUAGAAGGCCUUCACAUCAACAAAAAAUGGUUAUGUAUUCUGCGCACGCAGCCACCAUUGUUGCCUUACAGAUGGCACUCAAUGUUUUCAAUGGGAAAUUGCCUCCUUACAGUGCCUGUCAUUUUUUUGAACUUUACCAAGAAAAAAAUGGGCAAUACACCAUAGAAAUGUACUAUCGGAAUAAUUCUUUGAGAGAUCCCCACCCCCUCACUCUCCCUGGCUGCAAAUUUCACUGUCCACUAGAGAGAUUUACUCAUUUGGUUUCCCCAGUCCUCACGCAACAUUGGACAAGAGAAUGUAGGAUAUAGGACACCAAAAAAAGGUGCACCCUCCGGGACAUUCAGCAUUUAUGAAAAAUCUCCUCCCACGAUGUGAUGUUACGACAGUCUAACAUUUCACAUUAACUUCCAUCAGCAUGACCAACAGUCUCUUGAUCUUUAACAAAUGAAAACAUUCAGUCUCUUUCCAAAAAGACAGCAAGGCUAAUUGUCAACUUUGAAAGAAAAAUAAUUUGUGACUUCAAAUAGCUUUACAAACACCUUCCUUUUGUUAUGUUACUUUUAUAAUGUACUCUGGUCUGAUAAUAUAAAGUCUGUGCUUCUGAGAAAUCAGCCUGUGUUGUUUUUGUCAUUAACAAAAAGAUCCUACUGACAACACAUAAUAAAAGACUCUACAGCUAUGUGCUGGUUAAAACAU